AUGUACUAUGAUCCAAGUCUUCUCGUAAACGUAAUUCUAUUCGACAGAAUUAAUCGGAAGCAAGUGGAAAGAAAGAUAACGUCAGAUGCUUUCUUCACUUUCCAUCAUGCCAACACUUUUGAAAAAGACGGUUUUAUUGUAGUGGACUAUUGCAAAUUUGACAAUCCAGGAAAUUUCGAUGAUUUGAUUUUGGAUCACAUGCGAAAUGGUUCGCUUUGGUCUAAGAACAGCAAGAUUGUCCCUUAUCUUCAUAGAAUGAUCAUUCCUAUGAAAGUAAGAGAGGGUAGUAAAGCCGGAGAGGAUUUGCUGUCUUCUUGCAAGUUUGCCAAUGGAUGCAAAGCAAUCCUUAAAGAAGAUGGCAGUAUCCAUUGCACAGAUGUAAAGAUGUGCGAUUACUCAUUCGAGUUCCCACGUUACUGUUACGAUCUGAACAUGAAGGAGUAUCGUUACGUCUAUGGUGCCAACCUUGGAUUUGAUUCAGAAGCAAAAAUAGGAGUUGUGAAGGCGGAUUUGAAGGACGGAAGCAGCAAGGUGUGGUACAAAGAUGCUGUCGAUCAAAUGUGUGCUGAGCCAAUAUUUGUAAAUAAGCCUAAUUAUUCGAAAGAGGACGAAGGUAUAUUUAGAAUAUUAAAAAACUGCAAAUUAGAUUUAAUGGGCAAGGUUUUUCAGCUUUAUGUGCAACUAUGAAU